CUAAGGAAUGCAGUAAACAACGAUAGAAUAUGGUAGAAUAGAUGUAAAUGAAAAAACUUCGAAAUCAUCAAAUCUAGUAGUAAUAUGUAUUGUAUUCGUUGUUCAGUUAUCAUUUUAUUCUGAAAUACUUGUGAAAUACAAUUGCAUACUUUCGAUUUAUUGCAAAUUAAAAACAGCUAUUUUCAUUUUAACCAACGAAAAGAUAAUCUUUCGUAAAUAAAACCCACGUGACUGAUAACAAACUAAAAUGGCGGGAUGCUGUACUUUAAAUAAGUUCUAAUAAAUUAGAAGUUAUACAACUUGCUAUUUAUGUGUAAUAAUUACAAUUUGAUUGAAAAAUAGUCAAUAAGGGAGAACUUAUAAAAAUAUAUUUAGAAUAUCUCCUGACUGGACAUUCACAAGUUGACCAAUAAAAUCUAUUACAGUCACUUGGUGUUUUACUCAAGGUUCUUGGACGAAGUAUAGAAAAACACCUAAUAUUUGUUUACUAUCAAUUUGUUGCGUUAUGUUGGCUACACUUUUAUUUCGAAUGAUAUGUCAACUAUACAAAUUUGUUUGAUAUUAGUUUCCAGUGGAGCAAAAGUAUAAGUAUGAUAAAAGUCUAUUAUUGUCGAAUGAAUGAAGUAACUCCGCUCUUGAAAGUUGUUAAUUUAGCUUAAAACAUGUAUAACGAUGAAGAUGAAUUUGAACCACGAAUUACGCCGAAACCUGCUUCUAAACUGGACUGCUUUACAGUACCAUCAGUUCCUGAAGUUUCUUUAGUGUUUGAUGAAUGUUUAAAUCGCAGAACCACAGAUUACAAAGGUUUUCAUUCGCCAACUGUAGAACCUAAAGGUUCAAUACAAAAAAACAAUGUUUCAUCUCCAUUAAAUACUAAUGGAUCCUAUUCUGCAUGGAAAGAACAAAAUUACUUGCGUAGAUCCUCUGUUUCAAAAGUUAAUGAAUGUGCAGCACCUCAGAAAGUACAUUACAAUCAAAAUUAUAUUGCAGAACCUUACCUUCCACAAAAUAUUUCGAGAGAAUCUAAAGGAAGAGAUUAUAAUCCCAGGAAAGAUUAUUAUAAUAGUCCAAAGUAUAAAGAACAACAAACAUAUAGAGGAAAUAAUGAUAGUUCUUGCAAACAUAGUUACCAAAUGUGCAAUGACAAUGCUGGACAUGUUGAAAAGAAACAGAACAUGUCACAUGCUGUAAAACCUUGCACUAACAUUGAUAAUUAUACUUUUAAUCAAAAAGAAUAUUCUCCAUUAAUGCAUGAAAGAAAAUUAACAGUUCAUAAUUGUGAACAGCAAAAAGUACCAUUUAAUAAUUCAGUUGAUGAACCAAUUGUACAUCCAUCUAUUAAUUCAAAUGCUUUGAAUAGAAAUGAAAUUCAGUUGCCACAUUACUUAGGUCAACAGUAUCCUUACUUUAAUACGAAUGCAUAUCCUUUUCCACAACUUCAUUCUUAUCCUACUCAAAAUGGAGAUAGUCAAGAGACAAUCAAGAAUUUAUUACAAAUUAUAAACAGUCAAAAUGAGCAAAUUAAAUCUUUGCAGAUACAGGUAGAUAGGUUAUUAAAAAUGCAAGAAGCAAAUCUUCAAGAUAGAAAAAAUUGUUUUUGUUCAUCUCAAAUACAACAGAAGGAUCAAGUAUAUACCACUUGUAAUGAUAAUACUACAGGUGCUUCUAAUUAUGUUAGAACACCACAAAACAUAAAAAGACAUGCAUAUCAAUGUGAACCCUCUAAGGAUAAAGAAAAAGAAAAUUCUAAUGAACAUGGAAAUCUAAAUCAGACCGAAUUGAUAUUAGCGGAAGCACAGUCAAGGAAGACCUUCAUGGAACAAAAAGUUUCUAUUGGAGUAAUGACAAGCUUUGAGUUUACUGUUCAAAAUAGUCCUUUUACAGUAGAUGUAGAUGAAAGAAAAGAUUGCCAACAAGAUAAAGGAAAUUUAAAAAUGUGCAAUAAUGUUGGCUUGCAUGACACCAAUGAAUCUUUGAGAAGGUAUAAAAAUUCUUUUACUCGAAUACCUAGUGCACAAUUGGAAAAUAUAGUUGAGGACUCUGAGAGUUAUAUGUCAUCUAGUCAACAACAAAGUAGUAAUUUAAAUGCAAGUGUUUCUAUAAAAGAUUUAGAAAAACAACCAUAUACAGACAUUAGGAAGGGAACAGAUAUUCAUAGAUCUGAAUCUCCAAAAUUAUGCAAAGCUACAAUUACAAAAUCAAAUCAACCUGAAAUUGCGCAAAAGCAUUUAGAAAGGAUUAAUACAGAAGAAGCAAAGAAUUAUGAAAAUGCAAAAACAAUACAACAAAAUGCUGCAGACUACAAUGUACCUCGAAGUAGCAAUUGUAUUCCUGGAAAAGCAAAUAUUCCUACCAAUACAGAUCAAUAUACAAAGUUAAAUCUACUAAGAAAUAACGAAACUUUGAAAACAAGUAAUUCUGUAGAGAGUUCAACCAAUUAUUAUAAGGAUUGUCGAAAAGAAGGGCAAGUUAAUAAUGCUAAACCAAGCAGUUGCGUUGAAUACAGUAUGAUUUUAAAUGGUGGUGAUUUAAGAAUAAAUGAAAGACCACCCCCUACUCCUGAACCUAGUAUUCAUAUCGAAAUGCAGGAGUAUUCCAGCGAUGACGAUAGCGAAAAAGUUAAACGCAGUUCCAAAGUGGGCUGGACUUUUUAUAAUAAUGUUCUUGGACAAGUAAAUCACCUAUUACAAAAUUCUUGUGUUAUAGACGAUCAGCAACAAGAUAAAAAAAAAGAAAAUCAAAAUGAAAAAGACGAGAGCGAAAAUAGAGCAUUAGAUACUGUAAAAGUUGCUACAUUAGAACAACUUAAAAAACUUGGAAUUAGUUUAAGUGAAAAUCCCGAACACAAAGAAUUAAACAAUAGUAACAAGAUGGCAUUUGAUUUAUCAUUCUACCCACGUUUGGAUUAUCAAGCAAACAUGACACAAACGAGUGCUGUAAAUGAAACAAACACAAGUAUGCAUAUGAAAGCAUUGGCUUUAAAAUAUCUAUCCGAUGAACAGCUUGCUGAAUUAGCAGUACAAAGACAAGGUGCAACAUCUGUAAAACAUCUCAUGGUUAGCAAUGUACAAGGCACGAACAUGUCUUUUGCUACAAUGCGUUAUCUAGAAAGAUAUCAAUUACUUCCAGGAAAGAAUAAUAUUCCAACAGAAGAUAUUAGCAAAGUACACGUUGAAGCACCUCCGAAGGUUGAUUUAAAAUUCGCUAAUCCAAAAAAUAGUCCUGUAGUACAGCGGUAUCCUUUUAGUCAAACACCUAGAACGACUUGUCCCAGUAAGAUACUAGAUAUUUCAACUUUAAAGCAACAGCCUAAACUCUUAUAACGAUCGGUAAUAUUAGUAUAUUAAAUAGAAAUUUUUAUGAUUUUAUAACUCUCACAACUCUUAAUCCUUGUGGUGCUAAGGUUUAGACAUUGAUUAUAUUUGUUGUUUUACUUAUUAUUAUAUUUAUUGACCAUCCAUGAACAACCAAAGGAUUAAGAGCAAAUUGGAAAAGACAGUCUUAUGUAUAACGUCCGUACAAAUAAUUGAUAUAUGAUAGUAUAAGUUAUUAUUUUAUACUCAGAAAGUACAUAAGUCAGGGGAAUAAUAAUAUCAUUUAUAACUAAUUUAAAAAAAGCGUUGUGUUUCUACAAAAAAAUGUUUUAAAUGAUAGAUUUAAGUCAUUCUAAUAAUAUGUAGUUAUAAAUCUUUUAUUGAUAAAAUUUUGUUAUUAGAAAAUGUAUACUCAAUAAAAACUUUUUU